GAAGCAAAAAACAUAAAAAAUGUCAAAGGUUUUGAAAAAACUGAAUCGUAAAUUGAAGAGAAAAAGGGGGACAGGUGAUGAAGACAGCAGGAAACCUUUGGUGAGCAAUGCAACCUUACAGCUCACUGAGCCUGUGGAUGGAGAUUCCAUAACACAAACCUUUCACUGCCUGAACAGUACCGACCAGUCUGGAACAGACCCUGAGAUACAAGCUCAGGAUUCUGAAGAUGAAGGUCAGAGGGUCCUCUCCAUUCUCAGAGAUGUUCUUCUGGGAGAUUUAAGGUCCCAGGAGCUGAAGCAAGCUGCUGAGCAGGUUAAACAGUGGGCGAAAGUGAACGGUAUCACACCUGAGGGAAAAGAGGGCAGCUACUCUCAAAACUGGUUGAGAGAGUAUCUCGACAUAGUAGAAAUGUCUGUAGACAAACACUUUUCCGCUCUGCCACCAGAGGGCUCCAGAGACUCUCAGCUACAGCCAGGGGAAUACCUGAAAUACCUGAGUUUGGUGUGGAGCAAGGUGACUGGCUUAGUUCCUGUUUUAGAGAACUCAAGACUGCUGAGUUACCUGAUUGACAGCUAUAAUCGCCGCCUCUUUGCUGUGUUGGACUUGUUAAUGGAUAGAAGUUCCACAGUGAAAGAGACCUCAAUCCUCCUACAGUGGGUGAAGCAGACAUACUUUAGUCAUUGCUUUACAGGAAGCCCCAACAUCCAGGACCACGUUCUCCGAGUAUCUGACCCUCUGUUACUGACUGGCUGGUUUGAGAAGUCAAAGCAGAAGUUCCUUACACUCCUUCAGGAGCACAUCUCAACUGUGCUGCAGAACAUCCUGCUGUACAGUGAGGCUCCUUGUGAUUGUAGAAAUGAAGAGGAUCUUAUUAAAGUUCAUCUGGAUGUUAUACAGUGUCUGGAUGCUGCUCUUCAGAGUACAAAAUUAAUCAGCGACACCCUGAUAACUGCUGUUCAACGACUUUGCUGUGAUGAACUCCACACCUUUGUAGAGAGGUAUGUGAAUGAUGAGAAGAAACAUCUGGAGGCCCAGAAUUCCAAUGAAACAUAUUCACUCCAUCUCUUCAGGGUAAUUGACACGUGUAAGCACCUCCGGUCGUACACUCUCGACAUUAUGGAUUCAAACAAUAACACAGACUCAUCCACUCUCCUGAUGUUGGAGAACAUGGAGGCCCAAGUUGUAGCCAAUCUACAGCAGUGGAUGGCAGGCCUAGCAGAGCAGAGUGUCAGUGAUGAUGAGCAGAAAAUGUUUCUGCUGAAGAUGAGUGAGAUUUUGGGGUGCAAUGAUAUAAAUGCUCUCAAGCUCAUCUGUGCAGCCCUGUACAGAGACUUCCCUAAAGAGAGGUAA